GAUUAACGCCAAGUUAAACGAAAAGAAAAGCAAAAGAGGAUCAGAGCAUAAGAACAAAGCAUAACACAAACACGAGAAGAUGACAAUGGAGAAAAGAGAACAAUCACAGCCCUCGUGAAAGUUGAAACAGUGACCCUUCUCUCUCUCCGUUCCUUCAAAUCAAAGGAACUCACAGCCAUCUACACGUCGUUUAUUGCAUAUUCACGUUUCUCUCUCUCUUUAUUGCUCUCUCAAUUAUUCAAACCAAACCCCACAUCUUUAUUUCUCACGCUUGCUAAUUCCAAUCAUUGUCUCAUUAACAGCCGUUUAAUCGCCACUUUCUUACCCUCUCAUUUCUGAUUUCAUGUUUCCCAUAUUGACAUGUCGCCGGCAUUGCUAGACGCCGGGACUCCUAUUCAGAACCCUAAUCUUAACGGUCAGAUUUCUCCUCAUCUUUGGUCGUCUUUUAUUAUUGCCUCUUGUUUAUUUUUGGAUUCUCAAUAGGCACAACCCCUCAUUGCAAAGCUUUUCAAACGCCAUGAACCCAUCAAAAUUUGGUGAUUUAAAUUAUGGGUUUUCAAAUUCAAGCGGAAAUAUCCAGAAUGUGAACUUUAGCUCGCCUUCUAUCCCAGGAUCAUCGGGGAAGCCUGUUUCAAGGCCGAGAUUGGUGAAAGUUAGAAGGGAAUCGAAUUCCCAGAAAUUGAAGUCCCCAGCUGACAACUGCUCGAGUCCCGGUUUUAAUCCGUUCCGACCUUUUUCGGGCUCUGCUGAACAGGAUGUUGCAAAGUCCAGUGCAUUUGGGUUUGGUAGCGUUGGGAAUCAGUCAUUUAUCUUUGGGACGAGUAAAAGUAGUUUUGGUGGGAAUUCAGAUUCAGGCAAGUGGAAUGUGGAGAAUCAAAUCACUGAACAAAUGAAAAAUGUGAGAAUUGGGAGCGGAAAUGCGUUCAUGAAUACGAACUUAAAUGCAAGCGAUAGUAGUGAUUUUGUGUUUGGGAGCGAUCGCAAUAAGAAUUCCAGCAUUGAUGAUGGCAUGAAGAAGUUGGCCAUUAAUGAUAAAGAGAUCGAGAAGCUUGUUGAUGAAAGGUCCAAAUUAACGGCAAAUUAUAUUGCCACAUUUGGGCCCGGGAGUGGUGACAAUGUUACCGCUUCCAUUGGGAAAAGUGGGGAAUCAAAUCUACCAGAUGAGUUGAAGAAAAAAUUGGAUAUCGAAGAGACAGUGGGUUUCAAUGGCGGUAGCGGUAUCUCCAGUGUCGAUGAGGUGAAAAUGUCUGGUUCCAGAAGAAGUGCAAAUAUUAGCAAUGCAUUUGCCGAAAGCUUGGAGACUGCACUUCCUGAUCAGAUUAAGAGUUUGAACAUAAAGGACCCUUUGGAUGCUAAUGCCAUUGAUAAAAAGACCUAUGAAAAGAAUAGUUAUGCGUCUGGAAGCAGGAAAGGCACUGGGAGUCAAUUGGGUACAGAAACUGAAAGCAUACUGUUGAGCGAGAUGGAGAGAAAGUUAAACAUUGCAAGUGCAAUAGGAGAAUCUUCUGAUCAAACUGACAUGGGAUGUUCUUCUUUUCGAGUCUUUGCCAAGGAAAUGCAAACUGGAAAUGGUUGUGCUAAGAAGUUCCCUGAUUUUUGUAAUUCUGUUGAGAUGGAAUUCACUUUGAAGGGUGGGAUGCAGGGUGAGGAAACAAGUAGUAGUCGAGUUCCUAUCGACCAAACCAAAAAAGAUACACAACCAAGUGGAGUUGCAGAACCAUCAUCUGCAUUCUCAUCUAGUGGCUUAGCUGGUGGGCAUGCUUUUGGUAUUGGAUUGCCACCAACAGGUAAAGAGGAGAAAAGAGAGGGGUUUAUUUUUACAAGCAGGCAAGAUAGUGUUGGAUCACCCUUUGUUGAAUUUAAAACACCGAAUCCAAAAGGAAAUUUAUUCUCUGGUUUAAAUCAGAAAGUGGAAAUCAGUGCGAAGUUUAAAGACUCAAAACUAAAGAAAAAAAGGGGAAAGUUGAAGCAACCAGCCAAAGUGCAUCUAUGGCCUGGACAAGAGUUUGUUUCAAGGGAAAGUGGUUGGUGCGAAACCCCUGAGGUUUCUGAAUCUUGUUCACCCAUGGAUGUUUCACCAUAUCCGGAAACAUUAUCUGAUACUCAAUUUUCUAGGGAAACUUCUGUGGCAUCAGAGGGAUCUUUCAAUCUCGAUAACCAAUAUCCAUCAACUGAUUCACAGCCAUCUGCUUUAAACGAUGCCAUAGAUGAAGAUUUGGUUAUUGCAACACAGCAAAUGGAUAUAAAUGAAGACGAUGUGCAAUUCAGAGAAUCGAAAAAGGAAGGUUCUGGUUAUUGUUCUGAUAAAUGUAUUGGUGCUGAAAAUCCUCAAGAAGAUUCCACAUCAUUCGCUGAAACAGAAAGCUUUAAAUCAGCAAAUGAGGAAAUAGAAUUUAUCAAUGACGUUGUGGUUACUUCAGCAGAAAAUGGAGCCAGUUCUAGUACAAGUACUGAGAGGCAAGGUAGUGAUGUCGGGGUUCAGUUUGGUUCUCCUGCAAGUUCUGAGGUUAUAGGUGCUUCUGGUUUCACCUUUGUUUCUUCUUCUGCUGCUCAAACAUCAUCAAAACGUCAGCAUAAAAAGAAGAAUUGGGUUAAAGUUGGUCAUGCUCUUUUUAAUUCCAGCUCAAAUGCAAAAGUUUCACAGGCAUCAUCAUCUUCAGAGUUUACUACAUUUUCUGGAGCUUCAUUGCCUUCAUCACCUACUUUGGGCAAGAAAGUAGGUGUAUCCACUCCAUUUCACAUGAGGGGAGAUAACUCUGAGGAGCUUGGUGGACAGGAGAUGAAGCAAGAAUCUGAUUUAAUUUCUAGUGCAUCUAUUGCAGCUCAGGAAGCAUGUGAAAAGUGGCGAUUGAGGGGAAACCAAGCAUAUACACGUGGAGAUUUGGCCAAAGCAGAAGAUUGUUACACACAAGGGAUAAAUUGUGUUUCUCCAAGUGAGACAUCUAGAAGCUGUCUUAGGGCUUUGAUGUUAUGCUAUAGCAAUCGUGCAGCAACACGAAUGUCUCUUGGAAGAAUGAGAGAUGCACUUGGAGAUUGUAAGAUGGCUGCUGAAAUUGAUCCCACUUUUCUCAGGGUGCAAGUUAGAGCUGCAAAUUGUCACCUGGCCCUGGGGGAAGUUGAAGAUGCAUCACAGUAUUUCAUGAAGUGUUUGCAGUUUGGAAAUGAUGUAUGCGUGGACCGAAAAGUUGCAGUUGAAGCCUCUGAGGGACUACAAAAGGCACAGAAAGUGUCAGAAUGCUUGCAACAUUCUGCUAAACUUUUGGAAAGGAAAACUUCCUAUGAUGCAGGAUGUGCUUUGGAGCUACUUUUGGAGGCUUCAACUAUUAGCCCAUUCUCAGAAAAAUUACUUGAAAUGAAAGCAACAUCCCUUUUCCUGCUGCGGAAGUACGAUGAAGUAAUUCAACUAUGUGAGCAGACUUUUGAUUCUGCCAAACAUAAUUCUCUUCUAAUAGAUGCUGAUUGCCAAUCAGCAGAUCUCGGUGAUCACGAACUUAUGAAUAAUGUGUCCUUUUCUCUCUGGCAACUCUGGCGAAGCAACCUCAUUUUCAAAUCCUACUUCUACCUUGGAAAGCUGGAGGAGGCUAUUGGUUCACUAGAAAAGCACAAGGAACUGACUGCAGAAAGUGGUUUGUCCAGGAAUGAUAGCAAGAUGAUGGAUUCAUUAAUAUCCUUAGCUGCCACUGUACGAGAACUCUUAUGCCAUAAGGCUGCAGGAAAUGAAGCAUUUCAAGGGGGAAAACAUUCAGAAGCCAUUGAACAUUACACUGCUGCUCUGUCAUGCAAUGUAGAGUCACGUCCUUUUGCUGCUAUUUGUUUUUGCAAUCGAGCUGCUGCAUACAAAGCAUUGGGCCAAAUUACUGAUGCUAUUGCAGACUGCAGCCUAGCAAUAGCUCUUGACGGAAAUUAUCUGAAGGCAAUUUCCAGAAGAUCCACUUUAUAUGAGACGAUUAGGGAUUAUGGACAAGCAGCUAGUGAUCUUCAGAGACUUGUAUCUCUUCUCACCAAGCAAUUAGAGGAGAAGUCCAAUCAGUUUGGAUCAUCUGAGAGAAUGGGGAACUUGGCAAAUGAUCUAAGACAGGCUCGUAUGCGUCUUUCCACAAUUGAAGAAGAAGCACGAAAGGAGAUCCCUCUGGAUAUGUACCUUAUUUUGGGAGUUGAACCUUCUGCUUCCGCCUCAGAAAUUAAGAAGGCAUAUCGAAAAGCUGCACUUCGGCACCAUCCUGAUAAGGCUGGUCAGUCCUUGGCUAGAAGUGAGAAUGGAGAUGAUGGUCUCUGGAAGGAGAUAGGAGAAGAAAUCCACAAUCACGCUGACAGACUUUUUAAAAUGAUUGGAGAGGCAUAUGCAGUGCUUUCAGACCCUACUAAGCGCUCACAGUAUGAUCUUGAAGAAGAGAUGAGAAAUGCCCAAAAGAAACAUGGUGGAAACAGCACAUAUAGAACAUACUCAGAUGCUCAGAAACAUCAAUUUGAAAGAAGUGGCCCUAGGAGACAAUGGAGAGAGGUAUGGAGAGCAUAUGGCAGGUAGCUCACCAAUGGAAGAGAUGAGGUCCGAGAGAUCUCGCUGACAAUCAGAUGUACUUGAUAAGAAUCUCCAUAUUCAGAGUGACAAUUGUGUGAGAACAUGGUGGGAAAUCGGUUCGGCGACACAGACAAUUGAUGACUUUCGCAGCGGGAGGUAGAGGAUGGUUUUCUCAGCCGUAGAAAGAUUUUGUUCUCCAAAUACACCAUGGGGGGAAAAGAAAAUGGUUCCUAGUGAGGGUUUGACAAACUACUAUGCAAAUUUGUGAAUCGGAUUUUUUUUUUUUUUUUAUGAGGGAAAAAGAACAGAAAAGAAGGGAAAACAAAGUAGAGUGCCUUAAUUUUUCACGAGAUAUGAGAAAAAAGUUGAUUUUCUUGUUGUAGCUGCUUGAGGUGUGUAAAUUUACCGGCAACUUGUACAGAUUAAUGUUAAAAAAGCAAUCAAGAAACCACAAUAUUAUAUAUGUUAUAAUUU